AUGCCUUUCAUAUCAGACGCUGCUAGUGCUAUCAAGAGCCGAUUUGGGUUCCAGGACCACUCGGCCGAUCCCCUGCCCUCAGUUCGGAGCACUCCGGAUCUUUCCAGAUCCGCGUUCAGAGAGAAUCUCGCUCAAGAUUCGGCUGUUCGGAGCAUCCGACGCUGCUUCGAUGAUAAUGAUGAUGAUGUUCGAGUUGGCGGCGGCAAUGCAGCGUCGUCGAGCCAGAGCUUCGAGAUUUCCGAGGACCCGUCGUUCUGGAAGGAUCACAAUGUGCAGGUCAUAAUAAGGAUUCGCCCUCUUAGUAGUACCGAGAUAUCAUUGCAAGGCUACUCGAAAUGCGUUCGUCAGGAGAGCUGCCAAACUAUUACUUGGACAGGGCAUCCUGAGUCGCGUUUUACAUUUGAUGUCGUUGCAGAUGAGAAUGUUAGCCAGGAGAAACUAUUCAAAGUGGCCGGAGUUCCCAUGGUUGACAACUGCAUGGGGGGUUACAACAGCUGCAUGUUUGCCUAUGGCCAAACUGGAAGUGGUAAGACUCACACAAUGCUUGGAGACAUUGAAGGAGGCACUCGAAGACACAGUGUCAAUUGUGGGAUGACACCUAGAGUAUUUGAAUUUUUAUUUUCAAGAAUUCAAAAGGAAAAAGAGGACCGUAGAGAUGAAAAGUUAAAAUUUACUUGUAAAUGCUCAUUUCUGGAGAUAUACAACGAACAAAUUCUUGAUCUUUUGGACCCCUCAUCCACCAAUUUGCAGUUAAGAGAAGACGUUAAGAAAGGAGUUUAUGUUGAAAAUCUUAAGGAAGUAGAAGCCACAAGUGCUCGAGAUGUUAUGCAACAACUUAUCCAAGGUUCAGCAAAUAGAAAGGUUGCUGCCACUAAUAUGAAUCGAGCUAGUAGCCGUUCACACAGUGUAUUCACAUGCAUAAUUGAAAGUAAGUGGGAAUCUCAAGGUGUUACUCACCAUCGAUUUGCUCGUCUUAAUCUCGUUGAUUUAGCCGGAUCUGAAAGGCAGAAGAGUUCUGGUGCAGAAGGUGAGCGUCUGAAGGAAGCUACUAAUAUCAACAAGUCCCUUUCAACGCUGGGACUUGUGAUUAUGAAUUUGGUAAAUAUAUCAAAUGGGAAAUCACUCCAUGUUCCUUACCGGGACUCAAAGCUAACAUUUUUGCUUCAGGAUUCUUUAGGAGGAAAUUCAAAGACUAUUAUCAUUUCAAAUAUCAGUCCUUCUAGUUGUUGCUCACUGGAGACGUUGAGCACUUUGAAAUUUGCUCAACGUGCAAAAUUUAUUAAGAAUAAUGCAUUUGUAAAUGAGGAUGCUUCUGGAGAUGUCAUCGCCAUGAGAAUACAAAUUCAACAACUUAAGAAAGAAGUAUCCCGGUUGCAAGGCUUAGUCAAUGGAGUGGCUGAAACGCAUGAUAAUGAAUCAUUGGCAAUAAGCUUUCCAGGAUCUCCAGGAUGCUUCAAGUGGGAGGGACCCAAUGGGUCAUUUAGUCCACUUACUUCUAGCAAAAGGAUGUCUCAGAAAAAGGAUUAUGAAGUUGCCCUUGUUGGGGCUUUCAGGAGGGAAAAGGAUAAAGACAUUGCACUGCAGGCAUUGGCUGCUGAGAGUCAAGCAGCUAUGCAGCUGGCAAAACAAAGAGAAGAUGAGAUACAAGGUCUGAGAAUGAGGUUACGGUUUCGAGAAGCUGGAAUAAAAAGGCUGGAAGCUGUUGCCUCUGGAAAGAUCUCAGCAGAGACACACUUGCUCAAAGAAAAGGAGGAACAUUUGAAGGAAAUUGAGGUCCUUCGAACACAGGUCAACCGUAACCAAGAAGCGACAAGGUUUGCUAUGGAAAAUCUGAGGCUAAAGGAAGAGAUUAGGAGGUUAAAGUCAUUUUACGAGGAAGGUGAACGGGAAAUGAUGAAUGAGCAGAUCAUAGUGUUACAAAACAAGUUACUAGAAGCUCUGGAUUGGAAGCUUUUGCAUGAAUCAGAGUCUUCAAUGCUUCAGAAAAUAAAUUCACAAGUGGCAGAAGAACUUCAUGGGGAUGAUCUACUGAUUUCCAAUAAGGAGCCAGGAUUGCCUUGGCAGUCAUCAAUCAAUGAGGAGAAUGAGUUUCUUCGAAUGGAGGCCAUUCAAAAUCAAGCAGAAAUGGACACACUCAGAAAGAACUUGGAACUCUGCCUUGAACAGAAAGAAACAUUGGAAAGGAGUGUCAAUGAUUUGGCUGCAAAACUUGAAGAGGAAAGAUUGUCAAAAGCUAUGUACGGAGUAACACCGCAAGUUGAGCUUCCUUCUUUGGCAACUGAUGUGCCCAUGAUCAAUUUUAGUGACCAAAUGGAGCUGAAAGCAAUGGUUGAUGCCAUUGCUGCGGCAAGUCAAAGAGAAGCAGAGGCUCAUGAGACGGCGAUUGUCUUGUCUAAAGAGAAUGAUGAACUGCGUAUGAAGCUUAAGGUUUUGAUUGAAGAUAACAACAAACUCAUUGAACUCUAUGAACGCGCCACUGCAGAAUGCAACAACAGAAGCAUUGACGGACCUAAGAGUGCUCAAGACAGAAGUGAAAUACACAGUACAGUUGAACCUAGCAAAGACAACGAGGUUGAGGUGCAUAAAGUCGUCGAAAACUUAGAGCACCAGCUAAUGGAAAUGCAUGAAGAAAAUGAAAAGUUAAUGGGCCUGUAUGAAAAAGCAAUGCAGGAGAGGGAUGAGCUCAAACGAAUGCUUUCUUCUUGUGGAGAGAAGAGUAAAGAAACCAAAAGAGAGUUUGAUUGUGCAGAAAAGGUUGUUGAAGUUGAUGGAGAAGGAAACACAAGUGAGUCUCUUUUUUCGUUUGAAGCAAGUGAUUUAAUUGGUCAAACCAGUCAUCCAGGAUUAAAUGCACAGAGCGAAGGGCAUGAUCACAAGCUUGAGCAUCCCACUAUAUGUGAGGAAGUAAAAGAUUCGAUUGAAGAAACUGCUAUGGAAAUAGACCCACCAAAUUGCCUUGCAGCUAAGGUUUCAGAAGAGUUGCACUUGGUAAGAAUGAAACUGGAAACAGCUGACAAACAACUUGCAGAUUCUGCCAAAGCGAUAACUGUGUUUAGUUUGCUUGAGCAAUUAGUUACUGAGAUAGGCAAACUCUCAAGAGAAACUGAAACAAUGGAAGAUGCCAUUAAGACCAAAAAGCAGCAUUUUGAAUCCCUCAAACUCCAGUCUUGCCAAAUAAAAGAAAGGAGGGCUGUAAUUCAAAAGAAAUUAUCAGCUCUCAAGUACUCGUUAUCAAGUUUUUCCUCAUCGGUUUCGUACUUUAAGCAACGAGAAGGUCGGGCAACCUCCAGGGUAAAUGCUUCGACAUCGUAUCUGGAGCAAAAGAAAAAGGAGUUGGCCCACCUACAAGCAGAGAAGGAAGAAAUCCAGGCAUCUUUGAGUAAGACUCAACAAUCUGAAAUUGAAUUCAGGAACCACCUAGCAUGCUUGAGACUGAAACUGGAGGAAGAAAAGCGGAAACAGGAGAACGAAAUGGUCCUCUUUGCCAUAGACAACAUUGAAAAAGUUGACCCACCACAGAAAACUUGGCAGUUGGGAGGUAAAGCUACUGAGUUACUGAAGUCAGAGGAAGAGAAAACCAAGCUACAAGCUGAGCUUAAGUUAUCACAAGAAAGACUUGCGGGCCUGAGAAAGGAAGUUGAAGAUCUGACCAGGAAAUCCAUGAAGUUACAUAGCGCGAUACAAGCUGUUGAAUCGGAGAUACAGAAAGGCUCCAAGUCUGUUGAAGAAAUGGAGCUUUCUCUUCAAGGUGUACUGAAGGAGAAGAAGACGGUUCUGGAAAUGAGAGACAGUGGAAGGGCAGAAAUCGAAAGCAUGAUUGUCGAAUACUUUCAGCAUCUGUUUGAAGCCGAUUUGAAGGAUGCCGAGAUGAAAGAAGUGGAGGAAGAAUUGCAGGUGGAGUUGGGAAGGAUAGAAGAAUUACGAAAAGCUAAGGCUUUGGCGGCUGAGGAGACAAUGCAGUUACUGAACACAGGUUCUCAUUCAUGCUUCAUUUCAGAGAAGAUGGAAGAACUACAAAGUGUUAGAACAUCUGUUUUAGAGGCAAAGCUAUUGCUAGAAGGCAAUAACAAUUAAUUCCUUGGUAUCUUGUGAUUGCAUUUUACUGUAUUCCCACAAUCUGUAAUUCUUUCACUUGUAGUUA